AUGAGAGAACAAGAUUUCGGUAAUUUUCAAGGCGAUUCUGAAGAGAUGCAACGUAUCUGGACUGCUAGAGCGAGAUAUGGUCACUUCUUUUUCCGAAUUCCAAACGGAGAGUCUGCUGCUGAUGUAUACGAUCGAUGUGCAGGAUUUAACGAGUCACUCUUUCGUCAAUUCAACCAACCACAUUUUCCAGAAGUCCUAGUUCUAGUCUCCCACGGUAUCUGGGCGCGAGUAUUUCUAAUGAAAUGGUAUGGAUGGUCAUACGAGAAAUUUGAGUCAUUGCGAAAUGUACGCCACUGUCAAUUCUUACAGAUGGACCUAUGUCCAGUAAAGAAGAGGUAUACACUAAUGACUCGACUACGGACAUGGGAUGAUACUGACGAAGAGGAUGUCCGAGAGGCAAGUGAUGGUGGCGAAAUAGAGGAGCUGGAGAUAGCCUCAAACAACAAUAUUUCUCUUAUUGAUAUUAAGAAAAUCGCUGCUAAAGAAAAGCAAAUAAUGGAAGAGUAUAAAUCUGCUAGACAGGACUCGCCUGGCCCUUCUUAUCAUCAGAACGAUCAUGAGAAGACAAUUGAUCAACACUAG